AUGGAUUUAGCCAAACACACAAAACUUCAAAUAUUGGGAUGCAUACUCCUUGCAUCACUUGCACUAACAAUGGCUCAAACACCACCGGGCAUAGUCAACAACCCAAGCCAUGCAACAUGUAAGAUCAAGAAGUACAAACAUUGCUACAACUUGGAACAUGUUUGCCCCAAAUUCUGUCCCGACUCUUGCCAUGUUGAAUGUGCUUCUUGCAAACCCAUUUGUGGCCCUCCUUCCUCCGAAGAGGACGGUGGUGAAGAGGACGGUGAAUACACUCCGGCUCCGGUUCCUCCUGUUUCACCUACGCCUCCAACUCCUACACCAUCUGUGCCAAGUCCCACUCCACCAGUUUCACCAUCGCCUCCGACUCCUACACCGGCCGUGCCAAGUCCCACUCCACCAGUUCCGACUCCUACACCGGCCGUGCCAAGUCCCACUCCACCAGUUCCGACUCCUACACCGGCCGUGCCAAGUCCCACUCCACCAGUUCCGACUCCUACACCGGCUGUGCCAAGUCCUACUCCACCAUCUUCACCACCACCUCCUACUCCUACACCAGCCGUUCCAAGCCCUCCUAAUGUUAAUCCUACACCAUCUACUCCUACUCCAGCCGUUCCAAGCCCUCCUAAUGUUACUCCCACACCACCUACUCCUAAACCAUCCGUUCCAAGCCCUGAUACUCCUACCGCACCACUCCCUCCAUAUUCCCCACCUGCAACUCCCACUCCCUCCGUUCCAAGUCCCACUCCUACAGUACCUUCUCCUUCCGUCCCUGUUCCAAGUGCUCCAAACUCACCUCCUUACGUUCCCCCAUCCUCUCCUACUCCAACGCCUCCAUCAGACGGCGAGGCAGGAGCAGGAGUCAGAAGGGCCAGGUGUAGAAAGAAGGGCUCUCCAUGUUAUGGAGUUGAGUACACUUGCCCGGCCGCUUGUCCCCGUUCUUGUGAAGUAGACUGCGUCACUUGCAAGCCUCUUUGCAAUUGCGACAAGCCAGGAUCUGUUUGCCAAGACCCACGUUUCAUCGGAGGAGAUGGUCUAACCUUUUACUUCCACGGCAAGAAAGACUCCAACUUCUGCCUCAUCUCCGAUCCUAACCUUCACAUCAACGCACAUUUCAUCGGUAAACGAAGGUCUGGUAUGACACGUGACUUCACUUGGGUCCAAUCCAUUGCCAUCCUCUUUGGCACUCACCGUUUCUACGUCGGAGCCCUCAAGACCACCACGUGGGACGAUUCCGUUGACCGUAUCUCAGCCUCUUUCGACGGAAACGUUAUCUCACUUCCUCAGCUAGACGGUGCCACGUGGACUUCAUCCCCUGGAGUUUACCCUACCGUCUCGGUCAAGCGUGUCAACGCUGACACUAACAACCUCGAGGUUGAAAUAGAGGGCUUGCUUAAGAUCACAGCAAGAGUGGUGCCAAUAACAAUGGAAGAGUCAAGAAUCCAUGGCUACGAUGUGAAGGAAGACGAUUGUCUAGCUCACCUCGACUUAGGGUUCAAGUUCCAAGACCUUAGCGACAAUGUCGAUGGUGUUUUGGGACAGACUUAUAGGUCUAACUACAUCAGCCGAGUCAAGAUCGGAGUCCACAUGCCUGUGAUGGGCGGUGACAGAGAAUUUCAGACCACCGGACUUUUUGCACCUGACUGCUCAGCCGCAAGGUUCAUCGGUAACGGAGGAAGCCACGGUGAUGGUCGGAGCAAAUUGGAGCUCCCUGAGAUGAGUUGUGCCAGUGGCGUUGGUGGCAAGGGAGUGAUCUGCAAGAGAUAG